GUAAAUAAAAGUGAUAUAUGCCGGCCCUCCUUCAGUAACUGAUACCUCCGCCGCUGCAAGCCUGCAACCGCUUCGCUUUUAAAGCAUCUCCUAUUCUACUAUUACUGUGCCAUAGCCCGUAGCCACUCGCCCACUCUAAUCCGUUUCGUUGCCACUGACUGAGCUCAAGGAUAGAGCUUAGUGGUUCUUCAAAAGUGAGUGGAAGUAUGGAGAUAAUUCAAGAAACAGGGAGUCUGGAGAAAUACAUAGUUGGGUCCGUGCCAACCCUAAUCUACAUUCCAAACUUCAUCUCAGACAUUGAAGAAGAGCAGCUUGUCAAGAAUAUUUAUGGAGCUCCUGUUUCCAAAUGGAAAUCUUUAAAAAACAGGAGGCUGCAAAAUUGGGGAGGCGUUGUACACGAGAAGGGUCUUAUAGCACAAGACUGUACGUCUUGUCUUUUUAUUCCUUUCUUCUGUUUCUAUGAGAUUCAUCUAUUUUAUGAUUUAAUUCAUUUUCAAAAAGAUCCAUGGAUAUCUAUGCUGUUCUAGCAGAGCUUUAUUCUUGGACUGUAGACAUGGAAUCAUCAGUGGCAGAAAGUUUAAUGCUAAUAGAUUACUGCACUCUAUGAGGCAUGCAGUAGUGCAGUAAAUAAACAUAUUGAAAUAUGAUCUCUCUUAUUUGAAACAGCUUCCUUUUCUGUGAAAUACAUGAAU